AUGCAGAGAAACAAAAAGGGAUGGGAGGAACAUUUAAAAACAGUAAUAAAAAGACAACAGGAAGAAGAAAGGCUGAGGAGACAGAAGCAUGUAGAAACUCUUGUAGAACAAGUUAAAAAACAGAGGAGAUUGAGAGAGGAGUUUGAAAGAGAGAGGAAACAAGAGAGAAUAAAGAUGAAGGAAUCAGAAGAGAAGAGGAGAGAAAUAGAGUGGAAAGAAAGAGACCGAAUAGAAAAAGACUUUGAAGAAAAGAGGAGAGAGUUGACAGACAAAAUGAAAAUGCAGCAAGAUCAGUGGGAGAAAGAACGUAGAGAGGAACAGGAAAGAAGAUUUAAAGAGGAUGUAAAUCGAGGAGUGGAGGAGAGACUAAGACUAAGAAAACUGGAGGAACAUUUUCAACAAGAACGUGAAGAAGAGAACAUGAGGAAAGAAAAGGAAGAUAAAGUCAGGAGAGAACAAGAAGAGAAGAAAUGGAAGGAAAUGAGGGCAGAGUAUGAAAGGAAAACAAAAGAAAUGAUGGGUAAAUAUGAACAAGAGGCCUGA